CAGAGCUGGCUGUUUUUAAAACUAUUUCACCAUGCUGUCGCUGGUCGGAAACGUUAUGUGGCGGCUUCUCUGGUUAUGCUUUACGCAUUUUCUCAUUUUUGUGACAGUUAGCAAAGCGAGUCCCAUACAAAGGAGUUUUGCUGUUCCUCAACCCCGUCAGGCGCUCGUGCUGCAGGACAAACCAGUACAGGAGGAUCCCAUUAUAGAAAUUAACAAGAAUAUUCUCCGAAGCCUGACUCCAGACCAGAGCUUUUUGAUUGAUGGCGAUAUUAUUUUUUCGUCUUCUCGAAGUGCAGUAGCAGAUGAUUUGCUUAAGUGGCCAAAGUCCGAGGAUGGUUAUGUGCGAGUCCCUUACGCCAUCGCUGAUUAUCCUGCAGAGUACUUAGGAAAGUUUGAGGAGGCUUUUCAAGAUUUCCACAAAUACACCUGCGUCCGCUUUGUUCCCAUGAAGGAUGAGAGUGACUUUAUAUCAAUUCAUCAGUUAAAUGGCUGUUACUCGAAUGUUGGACGGAAAGGUGGGAUGCAGUUGGUUUCCCUUGAUGUCAAGUGUAUGCAGUCAGGAAAGGGAACGAUCAUACAUGAGUUUAUCCAUGCACUGGGGUUCUGGCACGAGCAGGCUCGUAGUGACCGGGAUCGGUUCGUCACAAUCAGCUGGGCUAAUAUCUGGACUGGGUUUGAAAAUAAUUUUAUGCUGGUUGGAGAUUCAAGAAAUUUCGUAGAUUAUGAUUACAGCUCUAUUAUGCACUAUUCAAAACGUGCUUUUAGCAAGGAUGGAAAAGAUACUAUUGUACCAAUACAAAAUGCUGAGAUCGGACAAAGAAUUGGCAUGAGUCCCUUGGACAUUAAGAAAAUCAAUUUAUUAUACCAAUGUGCUCCAGGGAAGUACCAGCCUCUAUCCGUUGACUCAGAACACAUGAUGGAUGUUCAAACCCCAAAUCCAGUAAGCCCCUCUAAACCAGUGCUCUCGACCACUACUUCAAAAACAGCUGUUCUGUCACCCGCUGGGCUCCAGAAAUUGAGGAGGACCCUGGAAUCCUUUUCUUGUGACUUUGAAAGCGGGCUCUGUGGCUGGACACUGUCUGGGGACACCCUUAACUGGACCCUUCAUAGUGGCUCGGUCCUGUCUGUGGGAACAGGGCCCAGUCAUGAUUUUACCUUGGGCCACUGCAAUGCCAGCCGUGAAGGAAAUUAUCUGUACCUAGAAGCCACAUAUCCUAAUAAAACAGCAGUCCUGAUCAGCCCCAUGCUCCGUGGACCACAGUGUUUGUCUUUCAUGUACCACAUGUAUGGGCAGAACAUGGGAAGUAUUGCUGUAUAUAAGAGACUGAAUAAUUCCACGGAGCCUGAGGAGCUCCUGUGGUCCGAGAAGGGAAACAAAGGUACAUUGUGGCUUUACGGCUCAGUCAACAUUACUGCCCAGGACUCUACAAGAUACCAGCUUCUUUUUAAAGGGACGACUGGAAGUGGAUACUCGAGUGAUGCAGCCCUCGACGAUAUCCAUAUCCAGAAGGAAUGUUACACGUAUAACGAGAUGAUGAUCUGUGCAGCUGCGAUGCCAUCUUGAUGAGCAGUCUGACUGCUUGCGGUAACUCUGGGAAACCUCAGUUUCUACCAGUACUUAACUGAAACACUCUUGAUUUCCCCCAAGAAAGUACAAUAAACUUCCAUGGUGUUGCUACAAUG